AUGGUCCGCUCCCAGUUCACCAGCAGGGCCCUGCUCGCCCUGGUCAUAACCGCCAUCCCCAUCUCCGCGUGCGGCGAUGAAGAUCACUUUUCGCCGCUGCCCCGCCGCCAGUCCGCCGCCGGCAACAACACAGCCGUCGGCGGGGGGCCCACGACCUCCUCGCCUCACCUGACCACGGUCUCGGAGCACGUCGACUCGCUCGCCGAGGAGCUCUGGCCGAUCAGCACCGAGAUCCACGAGAACCCGGAGCUCGGGUACCAGGAGGUGCGGGCGCACGACCUGCUGACGGCGUACGUGGCGUCUAAGCCGGGCUGGGAGGUGACGCGGUCGGCGUUUGGGCUGGACACGGCUUUCGUGGCCGUGUUUGACGGCGGCCACGGCGGCGGGCCGGUCGUGUCCUUCAACGCCGAGUACGACGCCCUGCAGGGCCUGGGCCACGGCUGCGGCCACAACCUGAUCGCCGCCGCCUCGGUCGCCGGCGCCCUGGCCGCCGCCGAGGUCAUGCGGAGGGAGGCCCUGCCCGGCAGGGUGGUGCUGUUCGGCACGCCGGCCGAGGAGUCGCUGGGCGGCAAGGUGCGCAUGCUCGAGGCCGGGGCCUUCUCGCAGCACGACGUCGACAUCAGCAUCAUGGCGCACCCGGGCCCCGGCGGCGACGCCACCGACGCCGCCUACACGUUCGCCAUGGCCACGGACCGCUUCGACGUCGAGUACCACGGCCGGCCGGCGCACGCGGCCGCGUCGCCGUGGCUGGGCGUCAACGCGCAGGACGCCAUCGCGCUGGCCUACUCGGCGCUGGGGCUGAUGCGGCAGCAGAGCCGGCCCGCGGACCGGGUACACGGCCGCAUCGCCACGGCAGACGGCGCCGUCAACAUCAUCCCGGACUCGGCGGCCGCCGUGUUCCAGGUGCGGUCCGACACGACCGAGAACCUGGCGCCGCUGAUCGAGCGCUUCGAGAAGGCCAUGGAGGCCGGCGCCGUCGGCACGGGCGCCACCAUGAACCUGACCAUGCGGCCGCACGGGUACAGCGACAUGGUGAACAACGACGUCCUGACCAGGCACUACAGGGAGUGGUUCGACGGCUCGAUCCCGUCCGCCGACGAGGAGAAGCUCAACGGGCCCAGUGGUUCGACGGAUCAGGGCAACGUCAGCCACGAGUUCCCGGCCCUGCACGCCUCCUUUGGCAUCUUUGGGGAGGACGGCGAGCCUGCCACAGCCAGCCUGCACAGCGAGGGUUUCAGGGAGGCGGCCAAGACGAGGAAGAGCUUCGACAAGGCCCUCAAGGCCGCCAAGGCCCUAGCGGGCACAGCGGUCGACGUUCUAACUGUUGAGGGUCUGCUGGAUGAGGUCAAGAAGGAGUUUGAGCAGAGCACCAACAAAGAGGUUGCACGAAGGCUCGCAAAGUUGAGGAGAAGAAUGAUUAAGCAGUAA